AUGACUUCGUCUCAAGAUCUUCUUCACUCAGCGAAAGCGCCCCCUCAACUGAAUGUACCUAAAGGCGCCGCUGUCAAAGUCCAGAUUAUCGACAGCACUGCCAGAAUUUGGGCUCCCGUUGCCCACUUUAUGACCCCUGAUAUUCCAGGGCACCCGAUUCUCCAAGCUCCAGCUUUCAGUUUUCUGGUCGAGCAACCCUCUUCAUCUCGAAAGAUAUUGUUCGAUUUAGGCCUUAGGAAGGACUGGGAGAACCUAGCCCCGUCUGUUGUUAAGAUAAUAGAUUCCCCAGGCUGGAAAUGCGAGAUCAAACAGAACGUAGCCGAGAUUCUGCAAGAAAAUGGAGUGGAUGUGGCAGGUGGAGAGAUUGAGGCUGUAGUGUGGAGUCACUGGCAUUUCGACCACACUGGUGAUGUGAGUACCUUCCCUAGCAGCACAGCCUUGGUCGCUGGAGCAGGAGUCCGAGAUACUCUACUUCCGGGCUAUCCCAAAAACGAGGAAUCACCCCUUUUAGAGAGUGACUUUAGCGGACGCGAGUAUAAAGAGAUCGACUUUGGGAAAGAAUCCACGGUCGACAUUGGUAACUUUAAGGGCUAUGACUACUUUAGUGACGGCUCUUUUUACCUCCUCAACGCCCCUGGCCAUGCCAUUGGUCAUAUGUGCGGACUCGCCAGGGUGACUUCAACCCAGGAAGGUGAUCUCGAGGAUACUUUUAUUUUCAUGGGAGCUGAUACGGCACACCACGGAGGAGCAAUCCGGCCAAACGAGUAUCUGCCUCUCCCUAAAGAGAUACAGCCAUCACCUGUUCCCCACCAGUACCCCUCGAUCUGCCCGGGCCACAUUUUCGAAGCAAUGCACCCAAAUAAAAAGUGCAACGAGCCAUACUAUCACCUGAACGACCAGAUGCCUCACGACAAGGAACAAGCACUCCACUCACUAGAUGUGAUGCGAGAGUUUGAUGCUGUGGAAAAUGUUUUUGUUAUCAUUGCUCACGACGAUAAUUUGCUGGACCCGAAGCUCGGCAUAGAGUGGUUUCCGCACGGCAGACUCAAGAACUGGAAGGCCAAGGACUAUGCAAAUAGGAGCAGAUGGGCUUUCUUGAAAGACUUUAAAUCGUCAAUCGAGUGA